AUGGAUAGUAAGUCGACAUUAGAUCGAAAGUAUCAGAGGUCUAGAGAAUUAGGUUAUAUACCCAGAAAGACAAUUCACAGGUCACCUCUGAAAUUUGAGACAAUUGCUAGAAACAGAUCAACCUAUACUCCAAAAUACAAUCUUGCAAAAUAUACACCUGACGAGCCUAGAUAUGAGGGCAUUAGAUAUACUGAGAAUAAAAUUGUUGAUUCGCCGAUAAGGUCGCUAUCUCUGUUACCAUAUACACCUUCCAAGUUGCAGCCAACAAGGCUAUAUAAAUUAUUCAACGAGAGUACACCAGUAAAUAAAGGAAUAUUGAUAACGAACAGAAAUAGAAGAUAUGAUGGAAAGAAUAGAAAAGCAUCCACCUUGGAAGAUAAAAAAGGAAUAUUCAGCAGACUAAGGUCUUUUCUAGUUAAAUUUAGUUUGUCUAGCCAUGAACAUGACCAGACUGAUUUAAAUUUGCUUCGAAAGUCUGCCAAAAAUGUAUUAAAUGUACGUGAAAGCCCUGAAGUUAAGGGAAACAAAAGAGUAUGGUUUGAAAAAGAUGACCAAAAAGAGAUAAAAAGACGUGAUAUUUCCUUCGAUGAACCAAAAGAUCUUGUUGAUGAAGCCACUAUUCGGAGGCGACAGCAUUACGAAUCAGAACAAACAAGACAUGAGUUUAAUGAUCUACAAGACAUAAUUCAGAAAGAAAGAGAUAAUAGUGAACGACUUAAAGCUAAGUAUGAUGAUAAAAUCAAGUCACUUAAGUCAGAAUUUGACCACCGUACAGAAGAAUUAAACGAGAAAAUCCUCGUUUUGCAGAGGCGUGCUAGUUUACAUGUUGACGAGUUAGAGAAGACAAAAUUAGACCAAUUAGAACGAGAAUUAUUCAGGGAACAUGAAAAGUUUUUAGUGAAGCAAAAAGAGCAAGAGCAAGAGUUGUCCAAAGAAAGGCAGCGGUUACAGACCCUAAGGUACGAAUUGAACUCCAAGAGAAGUGAAAUUGAAAAUGAUUUGGCUAAAUUGAAAGAAGACCAAAAAAUAAUUUUGAAACAGAGACUUGAAAUAGGUUUGAAAAGCAAGAAAUUAGAUGAUUUAAAUGAAGGAAAUUUACUGAAACGCCGUAAAGCUCGUGACUUUGACUCGAAUGAUGUAGUUGUAACUAGACUCAAAUUGAAUCAGCAAAGAUAUAGACAAGAGCGAAAGCUAUUAAACGAAGAAAAGCAAAUUAUAAGAUCUGACUUGGAAGAAAACGAAAAGGAUUACGUACAUUUCUUUGAGAAGCUAAUCGAUAUUUCCCAGUCUAUUUUGAAAGGGGGUGACUCUCAUAAAGAAUACAUACUAAAUGAUUUUGAAACCUUGUUGGAAUCACUAAAUACAAAAGAAAUGCCAAAGAAACUGUUAAUACGAUUUGAAAGCAUUAAACGUAAAUUUUCAGACUAUCUGGAUGCGUUCCAGCGCUUUCAACUGGCAUUUUCUCGACUGGGAAUCCAAGAUAUAGGCGAAGAAUACAGUAUUGAUAACCUUAUAGAGAUCAGAACUCUAUUCACUCGACUCACAGAAAGUUUCAGUAAGUCGAUCUAUAAGAAACGUAAACGCCUAUACCAAAUGAAUCAGGAAAUUUCCGCUUUUCAGAUUAGCCUUAUGUCAUCCUCUACAAGUAGUCAACGUUGCAGAGAUAUUGCCAAAGCCUAUGAUAAGAGAAGUAAAGUAUUAAACGAAAUGAAAGUACUUAACGAAUUGUUAGUAAGUCUAUCAAUUCUACUGAAACAAUUAGAAGAAAUAAUUAUUAUUAUUGGGCAUUCUCCUAAUUUAUCCCAGAACAGCAUACUAUUAGAUAUUGAUCUGAUCGAUGAGCUGGAGAUAUAG